AUGGUCGAUCCUGACAUUUCAUUUGAAGUUGAUGCCAUCAGUCUCUCUGAUAUACUGUGUUUUCUGGAAGAGGAUGAUUCAACAACUAUCAAACAUCAGUGCGUUGAAAUCGGAGCCAACAGUGACAUGGCUAAAACAUCAGAAGAGAUCAUAUCAGAUCAUAUCGUGACGUACCAACAGAGAAUGACAAAGAAGCCUAAGCUUCCCAAAAUCCAUGGACAUCAACUGAUAUGUAAACCCUUGCUUGGUGAACCAAAUAGAGGACAACCUCACUCCCAUGAACAUUUAGAGGAUGAAUAUUGGAAGUUGAAAUUGGAUUUAUUGGGAUUGAAGCAAAUUCAGGACAGACUUGAACAAGAACAAGAGCCACCAAAGCCAGUUGAAAUAGCUUUGCCAAAGCCUAAGAAAAAGCAGACGAAUUACGUGAGAGCCCAAUCCAAGCCAAAAUCAAAUGUGCAGUAUAACAGACCCUGCAGUAAGGGUAAGCCAUCGACACCGGAAGCUAAACGUUUUGAAUUUGAACAUUUUCAUCACUUCUUGUCGUCUGUGAAGUUUGAUUCAAGAAUUAAAUCGGCGCCACCAGAGGGAAGAGGUUCGUGUGUAAACGUUCGGCAUAAGGACAAUGUGAAGCAUCACUCAGAUAUGGGAAAAUUAUCAAUCAAAAAUAUUCCCUGA